GAAGCAGUUGGGGUCCGACCCGAACGUUCAGUAGAUCGUCGACUUUUAUUGGAUCAGCAGCGUUUUUUGGGGAGCUCCUUUUUUCAGACUAAAAAAUUGUGCUGCGACGGGAAAAGGAAGCCUUCAAUAUUGUUUAGCCUCUAGAGCGCAUGGACUAUAAUCGAGUGGUGCGGGGGUGAUGUUUAGUGUAAACACUGUUAUGAGUGAUGCGUGGCGGUGAUCGGGAAUAAUUGACCGACCAAGAAAACAUAACGGUGGGGAAGACCCAAAAGUGGACGCCGAAGACGACACGCCAAUUCCGAAAGAAGUGGUGCUGCGAAAUUAAGCGUCUGUGAAAGAAACCAAAAAAAAAAAAAACACACACGGUAGCAGCAGACGGACGGGUAAAAUUAAGGCAGCCCCAAACGGUCGAAAAAAUCCGGGCCAGCAAUUAGAGAGACGCAACAAUGUUUCCGCUUCAACGAGGAGCGGCAACAUGGUUGUUUCUUGUGCUAGCGAUCGUCGGUGCGGGCCAUCGACUGUCGCAGGCGGCAGAAAACAACCAAAGGGUCGUAUGCUACUACACAAACUGGUCCGUCUAUCGACCGGGAACCGCCAAAUUCAACCCGCAAAACAUCAACCCCUACCUGUGUACCCACUUGAUCUACUCGUUCGGAGGAUUCACCAAGGAGAACACCCUGAAACCGUACGACAAGUAUCAGGACAUUGAACAAGGCGGCUUUGCCAAGUUCACCGGACUGAAGACGUACAACAAGAACCUGAAAACGAUGCUGGCCAUCGGUGGAUGGAACGAGGGAUCGUCAAGGUUUUCGCCACUGGUUGCGGAUCCGGAACGGAGGGCCCAAUUUGUUAGGAAUUCCAUUAAGUUUCUGAGACAGAAUCACUUCGAUGGGUUGGAUCUGGACUGGGAAUAUCCCGCCUUCCGGGAUGGAUCAAAGCCGAAGGAUCGGGAGAACUACGCCCAACUGGUGCAGGAACUGCGAGAGGAAUUCGAUCGGGAAUCGUCGAAAACUGGUAGACCGAGACUGAUCCUCACCAUGGCCGUCCCGGCGGGUACCGAGUACAUCGAGAAGGGCUACGACGUGCAGAAGCUGAACAAAUAUCUGGACUGGUUCAAUCUGCUAACCUACGACUAUCACAGCGCCUACGAGCCGGCCGUCAACCACCAUUCGCCUCUCUAUCCACUGGAAGAACCUUCAGAGUACAACUUCGAUUCCGAUUUGAACAUUGAUCACAGCAUCAAGUUCUACCUGAACGCUGGAGCCGACCGGGAAAAGUUGGUUCUGGGAAUCCCAACCUAUGGUCGCUCCUACACUCUGUACAAUCCGGAUGCAACGGAAAUCGGUUCUCCGGCUGAUGGUCCCGGUGAGCAGGGUGACGCCACUCGAGAGAAGGGUUAUUUGGCUUACUACGAAAUUUGUACCGCCGUUAAGGAUGAUCCGGAGUGGACCGUGGUGCAGCCGAAUGCGAAUGCGAUGGGUCCGUAUGCCUUCAAGGGUAACCAGUGGGUUGGCUACGAUGAUGAGGAAAUCGCCCGGAAGAAGGCUAAAUAUGUAGCCGAAAAUGGUCUGGGAGGUAUUAUGUUCUGGUCCAUUGAUAACGACGAUUUCCGAGGAACCUGCCACGGAAAGCCGUAUCCGAUCAUUGAGGCUGCCAAGGAGACACUACUUGCUAGCACUGAUUUGGGCGCCAAUGACAUCAUUUCUUCGAGCCGACCUCGGAAACCAUCGCGAUCGCGUAGUCGAACUCGUACCAACAACAGUAGCACUAACCAGAACAGAUUGAGCACGGAAAACAAUAACGAGAUCAAAUCGUCGUUCAAAAGUUCCCAGUCACGUAAGAAUACUCGACCAACUGCACGUCCAACCACUACCACAACGAGCACAACGACGGAAGGUUCCCUGUAUAUUGGGGGACGCACAACAACGCCACAACCACCGACGACCCCAGAUCCAGGAGCAGAUUUCAAGUGUACCGACGAAGGAUUCUUCCCACAUCCACGCGAUUGCAAGAAGUACUUCUGGUGUUUGGACGCUCCGGCCUUAGGACUGGUGGCUCACCAGUUUACCUGCCCCUCGGGAUUGGUGUUCAACAAGCUGGCUGAUUCGUGUGACUAUGCUCGUAACGUGAUCUGUUCGAAACAGACAACGACCACCACUACCUCAACAACUUCUACCUCGACGACUACGACCACCACAACGCCAUCACCAAGGCCCCGAGUUACGGCUUCCACAUCGAGGAACAAUUUCUUCAAUCGAGCGAUAACGUCCACAACGACUACGGAGCCCUCGAUUGAGGCCGAAUACUCCGAUGAGGAAGAGAAUGAAGAAACUCAGCCAGAGGAAGACCCAAAGGUCAUCAAAGAGCUGAUUGCCUUGAUCAAGAAGGUCGGUGGUAUUGAGGAACUUGAAAGACAACUACAGGCUCAGGAAGAUGGUACGGUUGUACUUAAGGAUGGCCAAACCGAUCAAAUUUCAACUACCCCAUCUACAAUCAGUAAGAGUUUGUAUGAACGAGUAUUGAGCCGUGCUGGAAAUGGUUUGCAGAAGUUCCGACCUGCUUUGACGUUCACUCAAACGGACAAGUCGGGUUCGACAGAAAACAAAUAUUCAUCGGUGGUGAGAAAUGGCUACAGUAACAGCCGCCUGGGUCCUCAAAACGAAGGCAUUGAACAGCUACCGGAGUUUGAGGGAGUUUUCAAGGAACGUCCCAAAUACGUCACUCUGAAUCGGCCCAAAAUCAACAAAUCCAGCUUAGAAGAGGAUGACGAGGAAGAGCGCUACGAUGAAGAAGACGGAUACGCGGAAGAGGAAAACCAACCUUCGACAAGGGUUUCACUUCGUCCUACAAACAGUCCGAAAUACGUUAGCAUCCAGCGACAACGACCGACUACAACGGCAGGUGAAGAUGACGUUGAAGAAGACGAGGAGGAAGAAAGUGCCCCAGCACCGCAACAGCAAUACAGCAGCGUCAAUCGGAAUCGAUUCCGACAGACCACCACAACGGAAGAACCGGUUGAAGAAGUGGAACGGACGCCGAACCGGUACAACACCAUCGAUCGUCGACGAACGACCGCCCAAUCUAACCGGCUGCAGGAGGGUGAUAAAGAUGAUGUAGGCACUGAUUCAUCUCUAUACGUACCAUCUACCGAUUACCAAAGCAUUUACACUACAUCGUCCACAACCGAUGCACCAGAACAGCUCAUCACUUUCACCACACGACAGUAUGCUAGCGUAGAACGUAGCAGCACACCAGAAGCGCCACAGACUGGCCCGAGUGCUACGGAUCUACCACAGACCAUAUUACCAAUCACCACCACCACCACUUCUCCCCCAUCCAAAAAUGCGGGCAGUUUUGCCCAACUCCUUAAUACAGACUUACUUCAGACGGAACCUCCCAGCAAGGAGGGACCGAUCGAAACUUUUUCAGGACUAGGUUUAAGCAAGACGGCAGCGGCAGACUUUGACGGCGGCGCUACGACGGACGACUCGGUGACCCAAGUAGAUAAUAGCAAGAACGAUCAGACCUACGAGGUAACUACCAUACUAAACCUAGGUGAAAGCGAUAAUGGUAUUAGCGUUAGCGCGUUGGAUUCGAGUGUGUUUAGUAGUAAUGUUGGUUCUAGUGUUGGUGAUAGCGUUAAUCCUAGCUCUCAGGUGCGCGAAGAUCUGACGACUUUGCGCAGUAACGAAGUCCCCAUUACGACCACUGGUGUUCCUUCCACAACGGCUAUCGUUAGCGAGCCCAAACUGACCAGUACUAACGAAGAACAGUCCAAUUUGGUUUAUAAAUUCCCAUCAAGAACUAGGAAAACUACCACUACCGCUAGUCCUCAGGAGGUUGUAACUAAUAGCCAAGAUCCCGAAUUAACCCCAACACAGGCUGCUCCACGGCCUUUUGGUGGAGCAGUUCGGCGAACUCGGCCAACGCGGCGUCCGGUGACUACGGCUUCAACGACGACUCUCGCACCGGAAGAUUCGACAACGCUACGUUCGGUUAAGGUGAGUUUUGCCAACAACGGUCAAAGAUUCGAUGUUUCCUCGGCUAGACGUAGGAUCGGUGUUGCUAGUUCACCUGCCGUCUCAAACCCUAGCAGCAACGAAGUUACGGAUGCUCGGGAGUUUGUCGACAGUGAACCGAGUCUACGGCCAACUCGGCCCCGGGGAUUCCGUGGUCGGGUUCGGUUUGGAUCCUCUACGGAAGCCAAUGUUGUUUUGAAUGAGGCACCAGCCGUCGUGGAACAACCACGAAGGCCCGCCUCCGAUACUUUCGCACGCAAUCGUUUUUCAUUGAAUCGCGCUUCUAGCCGAGUACCUGAAGCCACAACUACUACUACCACAGUUGCUGCUACUUCUUCUUCCACUGCCAAAACUACCACUCCGGAGCAGCCUGUUGAGCAAUCAACUGCUAGGGCUUCGCUGAGAAGGUUAAAUUUUAAUUUGUACAACGGCCGAGGAAGUACUGACCAAACUAGCAGUACUACUCCGGAGCCAGAAAUCGAAACCGAAUCACCGGUUGCUAAUUUGGACUUGAAAUCCCACAGCAACAUUAACGAAGAGCUGUUCAAAACUCAGGAACGAAUUUUGCUUACACUGGGUACAGCUUUGCAGUACGGUUUCAGCAACAGAAACGAACUGAACGCUAGACGAAUUCAGGAAAGUCAAGCGCAGCUUACCAAAGGAACGGUCGAAGAUUCUCCCAUUACGAAUAUCGUUCGUGACCGCCCGAUCAUCAAGAGUCGAACACAGUCCGAAGAUACUAUCGACAAUAAACUAGCCGAAGAUGUUAAUGAGAUGGCAACCGAGAGUGUAACUUCGGAACGAACUGUGUCUAAUUUCGAGAGUACCGCCAGUGAAACGGAACGUAGCAGUGACUACACCACAGUUUACAAUGUUAACGCAGCUGAAGUUGAAACUACUACACCUGGACAGCGAAAGUUCUUCGGUGCUAUACGCGGACGUCAGCCCACCACUACGGAAACGAAUGAAACAACGCUGAAAGUAGUCUUGUCCGAAGUCAAUACCAACAAAACAUUCAUUCCUGGACGUUCACGUCCCACGCGGCCAAGUCGUUUCCGUGCUUCAACAGCUAGUUCAGCUGAGACUUUGAACGAAGCUUCCACCCUCAGAUCUAAGUUCGCUUCUAGGAAAACGACCAUCGCCCCAAGUAGCAACGCCAUCGUUAACGAAGACGCCGAAAAAACUUCCCGAAGACCUUCGCCAUUCGUUCGAAGACGUUUGACGUUGUCCACCACUUCCGCGUCUCCCGUAGUUUCGGUAGCUGACAGCAAUGAUGUAACGGAAAAACCAUCGGGUAUUUCUACGACCGUCACCAGAAGACGCCUGGGCCGUCGACGUCCGGAAGCACUGGUAUCGACGUCCGAAGCUCCAGCAGUGGUUGAAGCAAAACCUCGUGAGCGCAAUACGCUUGUCAAUCGUCGGCAGCGACUUCAGUUUGGAAGAACAACUACAACCUCGUCGACUACCGAGCAACCUACGACGCUUCUUCGUGCCGCCACGACUACAGCCGAGCCAUUCACAGCUGAUGUCACCUACCCGGACAGUGCGGUAGGAAAUUCCGAUUUCACCACGAUUAUUUCUGAAGUUUCGAAUGAGAUUGAAUCAACUUUCCUUACCAAUGAGGUUCUUAGCAGUGAUAAUCUUCUGCGCCAAGAAAUUCCAGAGUCCCGCGAUGAAAACAACUCUGAAGAAACUACCGAACUUCUUUCCACGGCCAUUACACCAGAACCUUCAACAGAAUCACCAAAAGUCACUCCAACUCGUCGUAACGCUAAACCCGCUAACGGUCAACAGCGAUUGAACGAUAGUCAGCAAAUUGAGUCGGAAGUUAUUCCCAGCAGAAGCCCGGCUCGCUUUGGAGCUACUAGGAAGAAGUUUGGUGCCUCGACGACAACGACUACAGAAUCACCUGAAGUGUCUACGGUGAAGAAGUUUAUUCCAUCUAGGAAGAAUCGUCCAUCUUUCUCGGUUGCCCGCGCUAGGGCUUCCAGUACCACCGAGGAACCUUUCGAACAGGAUCAGGAACAACCGAGCAGCACUACAGCACGAUCGUUUGCUCCAUCAAGAAGGAGGAAUCAGUUGAACUUUGCUGCGAGAGCUUCAACCACAUCUGCAAGUGUGAACGCCGAUGAAAACGGAGAAUCCUCCUCCAGCAGACCACAAACGGUAACGAGACGCCGACCUGGAUUUGCAGUUAACCGAACUCCACGGCCUCAAUCGUUCGAGGAUUCCUUCGAUAAGGGUUCGGCCAACGUGAAAUCGACAACGGAACGGAAGGUAAACAGGAAUUCGGUACUGCUACCGAGACGGCCGAAUUUGUUCGCACGAACUACGACAACCACUACGGAAGCCUAUACUGAGACGGAAACUGAUGAGAAAACCACUCUGGAGGAGGAAACCAGUGCCGAACGAUAUGGACCGAGUACCAGGGGCUACAGCGAAAUAAGGAGACCUUCGUCAUCGGAAGAACGUGAUGGGGUAACAGGGAGGUAUAGUGGGGAAAUUGGGGACGAUGAAAAUGAAAUUCAGCGACAAGGUAAGCGAUUGUUUGGAUCUUUGGGUAGUGGGAAUAAUAACCUGGAAGAAGAAGGUGAGCAAAGUAAGGGGAGGACCUCGGGAGAGGUUGUUUCCACUGUGAGACGUCCUGGACCGAGAAUUGUUGGAUCCGGAGGUCGAGGAUCUGCACCGGGAAGUAACACCAGGUUCAUUUUCAAGAAUAAUCAACCAAUUGAAGGAUCUAGCACUACAGUUAGAGCUGUUACAACUAGGACACGUAGACCAUUCGGAAAUAUUGGAGGAUACAAGCCUUCAAAUGCUACCUCAGCAAAUGCACCAGCAGCUGCAGGAAGUGCAACAACUGCUAGACCACGGUUCAACUUGACGACCAGGGGACGACCUGUUUUCGGAAAGCAAAGAUCAACAACUGCUCCCGUUGCUUCGGGAGACGUUGAAGAGAAGAGCACCCAGCAGCGAGUCAAUGAAACGCAACAAGGAACUGGUCCGUCAAGACGUUAUCAACCGAGGAAGACAACCAGGAAACCGAAUCUAACGACUAUUUCUCUACCAGUUGGAGGAGGAAGCAGAACCAGAACAAACUUGUCAUCCUUGUUCAACAGCCGCAAUGCUGCAGCAGCGCAGACAACCACCGAACAAACUGCCGAUACCAGUAUACCAGAGACGACGCUUCCAAGUGUAGAAUCACAAACACCGGUGAUCCUUUCGGUACUGCCGAUCGGACAGAAACCAAGCACACCACCAACACUCGAUACUGAGAACGAAAUCGAGAACACCACGUCAUACGAAGAUACAAUCAACACAGUCAGAACUACCACCGAAUACUACACAGCAUCCGAUGAAACUCUGUACACCACACUCAAUACGGCAGACACAAUUUACACAAUUAAUGAUAAUAUCGAUAUUGAUGAUGUCAAUGUAUUGCAGGACCGUAGUAGGACAUCAACGACCACGGUGCGACCCACGACGCUCUACCACGUGUUCUCGAUCGAUAAGGAGAGCGAAUCGAUGCCAUCUUCCACAGAAAUCUAUCGAACGGAAGAGCAGGAAAUCGAACUGCCUUCGACGAAUAAGACCGACAAGCUGGUCGAGAUCCAUAGGGUAGUCGAGAUUUAUACGAAGAAUACCAGCAAUCCGGAUGAGAUUCCGACGAUGCAGAAGUUGGGCGAGAUCAAUCGUAAGAUCAUCAUUCGAUUGGUGGAACCGAAAAACAAAACCGACGUGGAAGAUAAGGAGAAGAAAAGUCGAACGCUAGUGUUUGCGGAUAAUAUUUUCAACGUUGAGACAUCGACGAUCCCGCUGGAAGGGCUAUUCGACGAGAAGAAUGGGCGGACGGAAUUUCAGACCACGGAAUUGAACAUGGAAGAUGACGUGACUACUGUGGCGCCUCGGGUGGAAAUAGAACGUAUUUCCAGUUCCGAUUUUGGAUCUACAGAGCGCGAUCAUGAAGAGCUGAUUACAAUUACACCACUGAUUGCGGAGACGGAACGCUAUACACAGGUAACUACCACUUCGGCAAAGCCCGAUACGGAACGAAGUGUAGAUUUUGAAGAAAGUACUAUGGCUGAGGAAGAGCAUGAAACUGAUGACUAUACGUACGAUGAUGAGUUGCCGACGACGGCACCGGUUCAAUCCUCGAGUUCAACGACGACAUCAACGACGACGACGACCACAACAACGACUGAGGCUCCAACUACGACGCCACCGACGGAAUCACCAGCUACCUCGACGACACAGUUUGUCCACAAGUACACGCUUCCGGCAGAAUUUAUAUUCCAGGAACCAUCCGAUGAACCUGUAGCGGAGACAGAGGCUCCUACAACAACUCCAACGACAACUACGACGUCUACAACGACGACUACGACGACCACAGAAGCAACCACAACGACGACGACGACUACGGAGCCACCAACUACGUCGACGUCGACCACACCUUCGACGACUACGCCAGAGCCAAGUCCUGCAACGGAGCGUGUACGUCCGCUGGUGAUUCCUAGUGCCGAAACUAAGAAGAAAUACACCAAACGACCGAAGACAACUGUCUACCGACCGCAGCUUGACUUUGUCUAUACCAACGAAAACUCGAGCGAGGACGAACCGGCCGUCGCCACCGAACAGGUAACUGAACCGCUUCCCAGCACCUCAACCCAAAAAGUACAAAGCACCAGUAGAAAGUACGUUCCCUCGGUUGCACUGCGCUCUAACUUUGGUGAAGGUACGUCCCACAGAAAAUCCAAAGACAUUCAGGUAGUACCGCUGCCGAAGGCGGCCGCAUCGAAGGCCACCACGUCGAAGCCAACGACGACGAAGACUACAACGACGACCACUACGACAACCGAAGCGCCGGUCACCAAGGUCGACUUCAACAUCAAAUACGUCCUGCCGGUAUUCAAGCCGGACUUUGACGCGCACGAGCUCAAGAUCGAGAGCAAAAACGACAAGUAUAGCGUUCCGCUGUCCUCCCUAUACCGUCCCGACUUCAAGACUCGCGAAAUCAGCGGCGAACAACGCCAAGAUCGGCAGUACUCGCCCGUCUACCGACCGGAGCUCGAUAACGAUGAACUGACCCGUGCCCUCACCAGCGAUCCCGAUCCGGUAGCACUGGAAGCGGCCAGUCUGGACCGGGAAAUCCUCGGCAACAGUGCCCUGGACAGUAGCAGCGAAGAGCAGCGCAUCUCACACCAGCCACGAAGCCUGUCGUCGUACUGGCGAACUGGGGAGGUUCGUCCCAAUUUCCGUCCGCCUGGCUUGCGACGUCCCUCCUCGGCAGCUUCCACGGCAACGACGACGCAGCAGCCCGCAGUAACGACAACCGCACGCGGCAAAACUACACGACGAUCUGAGCUGGAUCCACAAUUGGGGACAGCAACAACGCCAUCGUCCUACGACGACGCCAACGAGGGGGACGCCAGCGACGAUCAGAAAACAACAACUCCGUCAUCGUUAUUGUCCCGGCGUCGAAGGCCAACCACUUCUUACCUGAGCAAGCUCAAUCAGCAGAGGCAGAGGCCGGCAGCCGCCGUACUUGGUCAAGGCAACAACUCCGAGGAAAGCACUUUGUCAUCAUCCCAGCCAACAGAUGGCGCCGCCGCCGCCGAUCGGCCGACGUCGUCCAAGACGAAAUCCAAACUUGCCGCCAGCGCCAAUUCGAGGCGUCGCUUUGGACCCACGCGGACCGGUUCUUCCCAGGACGGGGCUAAUGCUGCUACCAAGUCGCCGGAUCUGGAAAGCACGACUCGGGUGAAUAGUCUGUUCAAGCGCCGUCCGGGACAAACUUUGCCAGGACGAACUCCGGCCCCACCCCCGGGGGUGAUCAACCCAUCAUUCACUUCCUCAACUCGACUGUACAACAAAAAUCGGCUCCAGAAGGUAACGGAAGCACCGACGCAGGCCGUCGAGGAUCAACAGCCGCCGGCACCGGAAGACUCGGACGUCGAUCAGGAAAUCGAACCCAGCAUCCGGCAGCAGAGUAAACUUGUGAAUGCAAAAAACAGUAACAGCAACAGUAACGAAAACAGUCGAUACAACCAAAUUGGUGAGGGAGUUCGAGAACGGGAACCGCAUCUGGAUGUGGCAUUGCUUGAUGCAAUCACAACAAUCUCCCGGGCUCCAUUGCCCCAGUCGACCACCAGUCGGAAUUUUGUGUUCUCGGCGCCGCAAGAUCAGCGAUCUACGCCCAGGAGUCAGGCUCUGAGGGCCCAAGGAGAGCUUCCGGGGCAUAUGCAGCGAGCAACCACCCACAAGUACAACAUCACCCACGAGUAUACGCUUUCCAGUAGCUACCAGGAACCGUAUAGUACCACCAGGAGGUCACAAAAAAUCAUGCAACGGCCCCGAAUCGCUACGCAAACGCAGUUCUACUACCAGCAAACGACUCCGAACUAUUUCUACAGCAGCCAUCCUCCGGGAUCCGCCCGGAAGCACAAGAAACAGGACACCUACGAAAAGUCCACCUACAACAGUGCUGCCGCUACAUCCGGAAGCAGGAGUAACAGCAACAAUGGCAAACACCGCAAGAAGGAAGACUACAUCGCGGGACGAGCUUACAGGCCGGCGACAGAUUACGAUUAUUACGAUGACGGAGAGCAGCGAGUCAUCGGGAAGACCAGCUCCCAGGUCAAGGUGAUCAUGCAUGGGCCCGGAAUUAUCGAGUGUCUGGAUCAGGGCAACUUCCCCCAUCCGUUGUCCUGUAAAAAGUUCAUAUCCUGUGCCAAAAUGGAGAUCGGUGGAGUCGUGGGGUGGGAAUAUACCUGCCCCAAGGGACUGAGUUACGAUCCGGUGGGCGGAAUCUGUAACUGGUCGGCGGGUUUGGGUUGUAAGGAUUAGACUUAGGGGAUGCGUGAGAGUGUUAGAUCUAGUGUAAGAAGCUUAUUUGGAACCAAAUUGGAGAUAAAUCUUUUGAAAGUGUUUGGUACUGACUGAAUUGUCUGACGAAAGAUGAUAACUUUUUAAAAAUUGAUAUUUAAGUUUCCGGAAAAGUCGAUUCCCUACGAUUCUUACAACACAGAAUCACCACAAGAAUACUCUUUUGUACAGAACUUAAUCUCGUUACGGCGUGAAAACAAUCAGAAGAUACUCAAAUCAAUAAUUUGCUCUCUUUCAUUCUUUACAAUACAAAUUCAAUCCUAAAUUUUAAUCUGAGUCUUCUGUUGAUCUUUCCUUUAAUUUCAUUCAUUAGCUUUAAGACAAGAUACAUCUUAAUUCUCCCUAGUAAUAGUAAAUUAAUUUAGAAAGCUAGACAUAGAAAUGUUUCGGUAGAUCUUUUGCGAAACACUUUGUAAGAACACGAAUCUCCAAUUCGAUUUGUAUUGAUUAGGAAAAAAAACUAUUUAAAUAAAACAAAUUUCUAUCGGUUCUACUUAUUACUUCUUUUUUAGGGUCGAGUUGAAACAAACUUGUAGAAAUGUCGUUUUGUUGAAGGUUUUUAAUUUUACAAUUUCGCAUUUGUGAAUAAGCUUAACAAAUCCGACCGAAGAAUAAAUCUUGAAAAAUAUUUCUUUAUUCAA